UUCACUUAUUUGUUAAUGAUGGAGGCAUAGCCUUUUUUACAAUGAGGAGAUUGGAUGUGUGGUUAAUGCAGCAAUUUUCUUCCACACUAUGAAGAAAGGCUCAAAAGAUCCUUCCCAGAAUCCGCCUGGACCUGCCUCAGGACUGGACCUGGCUGGAUCACCUGGCUCAUCCCUUCCAUUUCCGGUGGAGGAGUAUAUCCUCAACCUCUCAGAGGAGGAAUGGAAGGCUUUCAGCAACAUGUUAGAAACUCCUAUGACAAGGAGCCAGUUUGUGGAGCUCUCGAAGACUGUCCUGAAGGUGUUUAGCCUGGGCUCAUUUCGUCUCGUUCUACCAACUUUGAUCCACCGCGGAUGUGAUGAGCUGAAGAGCGACUCAGAUACAUCCUCAAGAUCUGGUGAAAGUGGAAACUCAUCGGAGGGUGUUUUAAGUGGAUCCUCAAGUUAUAGUUAUGCCAGUGGAAGUGCCUGCGCGUCCUCAUCUGCUACUGCUGAUGGUCCGAUGCUCUGGAUGAAAUGUGCCCUGGCAGCCUUCAGGAAGAGGGUGGCAUGGCUUCUUCCCCGUCACUCGCCAGAUGUUCACUCUUACAUGUCUGACAUUCACGCCGACAGCGACAAGCGUAGUGCCUGCCCUCGUCCCCGAUCUGGAACCAGGACAGAGCCACGUCGUGGAAUUCCAUCCGUUCACGUAGAGGAUUUCGGCCUGUUGCCAGAUGUUCACUCUUACAUGUCUGACAUUCACGCCGACAGCGACAAGCGUAGUGCCUGCCCUCGCUCCCGAUCUGGAACCAGGACAGAGCCACGUCGUGGAAUUCCAUCCGUUCACGUAGAGGAUUUCGGCCUGUUGCCAGAUGUUCACUCUUACAUGUCUGACAUUCACGCCGACAGCGACAAGCGUAGUGCCUGCCCUCGCUCCCGAUCUGGAACCAGGACAGAGCCACGUCGUGGAAUUGAAUCCGUUCACGUAGAGGAUUUCUGCCUGUUGCCAGAUGUUCACUCUAACAUGUCUGACAUUCACGCCGACAGCGACAAGCGUAGUGCCUGCCCUCGCUCCCGAUCUGGAACCAGGACAGAGCCACGUCGUGGAAUUGAAUCCGUUCACCUAGAGGAUUUCGGCCUGUUGCUAGACAGACUGUUUUCCAAUGAGGCCAUUGAUCGAGUUGUCCAAGAACUUGUUGGUCAGGUGCAGGUUGCGACGCAAGACGGUGGUCCAUCUGGUGUCCCAGCAACAGUGACAGUUCCUGAGGCGGUGUACGCUAACACCGAGCAGGCAAUCAAGAACCUGCUCCGCCCGUAUGUCACCCCGCUUGUGGUUUGCAAUUCUCCAGGUACAACUGUCCCUAACAUUGCAAGAUUCACAGAACUGCUCCUAGCAGAAUUGGAAAACUGUCAUUCUGCUGCUGUGCUUGGAGCCGAAGACGAUGUUAGAGCCUCAACGUCGCACAGCGUGGACCAAAGCUGUCAGUCCAGGACCGCCAGCUUGAAGACAGACACGGAGACCCAGGAGUCUUCAAGCCAGAACGGACGCCAGCGCAUGUUUGGUCUGUUCAGCCAGCUGAUGGUCCAUCAGGUCAUGGACAAGAUGCAUGAGGAUUCAGCAGCGCAACAAGAGCAGGAGAGCGUAAGAGGGUCUUCCACCGCUGCAUCCUUGCUUCUCGGUGACACUAAGGACCUCGGCUGCUUUGUCACUGUACUGCUGCUGAGGCUCCUGGCCAGAAUGAGUGAUGGAUGCCCCUGCUGCGGCGCCAAGAGGCUGGACCAGGACCUGCUACAAAAGCUCAUUGAGGACCUUCUGUUUGAGUUCACCAGUGACCCAUGGUGCCCAAGCUUCGAUGGUGACCUCAGCAACCAAACGAUUCCGUCCAUCUAUAGGGCCAUGGACGCAGUUUGGCUCAGACUGCUGAAGCAGUUUGGCUCAGACGGCAUCCUGUGGAGGGCCGUCGAUACACAGGAUAGCUCAUUUGACGCAACCUUAUUGGCGGAAUUACGAAAGGAACUGUUGACCCAGCGUAACGUCGAAGAUCCUGCUGAACCGUCCACCCAAAGUGACUCGCCGUCCCUCAGCCCCGUGCCUGAACCGUCCACCCAAAGUGACUUGCCGUCCCUCAGCCCCGUGCCUGAGGUCACCUCUGGACAAACAGCUAGAAAAGCCAGAAGUAAACUCAAGAUCUUUAAGAUACGCAGCAGUGCAAAGAUUGCACCAACUAAGGAUGCUUCUGACAAGGGGCUGGAGUCAGAGGCAACCGUCACUCGUGCCCUAUCGGAUGAGGGUAUUGCUGCCGCACCUUCUGGUGACAGGAAGGAGCCGCGCAGACGGCCCUGGUACAAGAAGAUCUUCCUCAGGCUCAGCUGUUUUGGAGGCCCAGCUGAGAUCUGACCUGUCCAGCCCACCACCUAUACCCUUACACCCCAUCCUAACCCAAGCCUUCACCCCUACCCAACUCCCCAACUUGUUUACCAUAUCCACCCAUCCUACCACACACACACACACACACACACACACACACACACACACACACACACACACACACACACACACAUCACCUAUGCCAGCCACAUCACAAGGCUGCCCAUCACCAGGAGCGGAGCUACAGGGGUGGCUAGGGGGGCAUUUGACCCCCCUGAAAUCUGAUUGGCUACCCCAGGUGCUCCCCCAGAAAAUGGACAGGAGCCCCGCCCACUCGCGUUACACGAGGCACAUAGAUCGCCUGCAAAUCGCUAUCGCGAGUGAAGAAACAGAGCCAUACAGAGAACAGAGUUAUGCGAUUGGAGGACCAGGAAUUAAAUUGCAGCCCCGCCUUUCAGCGAGAUAAGGUUGUUCCUAAAGCGGCUGUCUUCCCAUAGACUCAACAUAGAACCACCACAUUAACAGCCAAAAAUAAGGACUAACAAACUACACUGCGGGGUAAUCACCAUAAAUAUGUAAACUAUCAACUGUCUCGGUGGUGAUAAUCACAACAGUUUUACCACCUGUGAUGUUUAUCUGAAGUUAUUACUACGAACAGCAAGUCUUGUCAUAUUCCCUGCAUUGCAUCGCAUUGCAUUUGCUGUGUGCUACGCCCACUACUAGGAACCAACAUUCGCAACGCUGAGCAGUACUGAGAAGCUAAAACAGCAAAUUUUGCUAAUGAGGAAGUCGGCCCUAGCAGACAGCGGAGAUCGCCUGACUCUGUUCUCUGUAUGGCUCUGUGAAGAAAGGAUAACCAUUUUUCCCACACACAUUUCGAUGCAAGUCUGUGUACACACCACCCUCGUGAAUUUACAGUAGGCAUAUGGGGUACCAUUCGAAAGCUUAGAAUCCCCUCUGUCUAGUGGUAUGCAUGGCAACUCUCUGUCUUGUACGUCCAGAAGAAGAAAAGCCUUAGAGAAAAAAAACUGCUUAUUUCAGUCCAGAUUCAUUUCGUUUUCCUUUUGGAAAGUUAGCUGUCUGCCAUUUAAGAUUUUUCAGUACUAGGCCUAUAUAUUGCUCUAUUGCCCAUGUGAUAAAUAAAUAGAUUCGUUUUUGGUGGUAAAUGAAAGUAGCUUCAUGAUUAAUUCAUGUGAAUUCAACUCAAACCUCAAGUCCAAAUAGUCACUGGCAUAAUACUAAUUGCUGUGUUUGUGUUGGAAUAGACUAGAUGCUAAUGAGUAUUUUAAAAGAAUGUCCUUACAGCACCUUCGAUAGCAUUGUUAUAUGUGUGAAUUGUAGCAAGCUCUUAGAAGCAUCGCCACAUUACAGUGACUGGAUUUUAUGGAAGUAACUCUGAAAUCUGAAGUCUGAGUUCAGACUUAAAUUAUUGAUGGGAAAUUUGAAAUUACAUAAAAACACAGAUGGUAGAAAAUAAUUUGAUUAACCCUAAGCAUUGAUUGA